UUUGUGUCCCCGCCCUUCCCCGGGGACCGCAGCGGGCUGAGCGGCGCUGCUAGUGUCAGAGCCCUGCGAGCGCUGGCAGUUCCGCGGCGGGGAUGCUGAGGAGCGCUGGGUCCGCGAGCAGCCCCGGCCACUGCGGACUUCCGAGGCCGUGAAAACCCCUGCGCCGCGGCCAAUCCCGGGCACUCGAGGCCAUUCACCGUUCCAGAAGCCAGACUGGGGGAAGAGUCCAGCACAGCAGCGGCCGUUCUCCGAUUUCGGAGGGUUCUGGAACCCCGAGAGACACCCCGGGGUUCUAGAACCUCCCCAGAGGCUCCCAGUCCCGGCUUCCUGCGUGCGGCCGUCCAAAACCCCCUCCGGUGCACGGGUGGUCGGCGAGCCGCGGCUGGGUCCUGGCGCACACGAUGAUCGUCGCGGACUCUGAGUGCCGCGCGGAGCUCAAGGGCUACCUGCCGUUCGCCCCGGGCGGCGUCGGCGGCCCCCGGCCGGGAGAGGAGCAGAGGGAGAGCCGAGCUCGGCGAGGCCAUCGAGGGCCCAGUGCCUUCAUCCCGGUGGAGGAGGUCCUUCGGGAGGGGGCUGAGAGCCUCGAGCAGCACCUGGGGCUGGAGGCGCUGAUGUCCUCAGGGCGGGUGGACAACCUGGCGGUGGUGAUGGGCCUGCACCCUGACUACCUUAACAGCUUCUGGCGCCUGCACUACCUGCUGCUGCACACGGAUGGCCCCUUGGCCAGCUCCUGGCGCCACUACAUUGCCAUCAUGGCUGCUGCCCGCCACCAGUGUUCUUACCUGGUGGGUUCCCACAUGGCUGAAUUUCUGCAGACUGGUGGUGACCCCGAGUGGCUACUGGGCCUCCACCGGGCCCCUGAGAAGCUGCGCAAACUCAGCGAGAUCAACAAAUUGCUGGCACAUCGGCCAUGGCUUAUCACCAAGGAGCACAUCCAGGCCUUGCUGAAGACGGGCGAGCACAGCUGGUCCCUGGCAGAACUCAUUCAGGCUCUGGUCCUGCUCACCCACUGCCACUCGCUGGCCUCCUUCGUGUUUGGCUGUGGCAUCCUCCCUGAGGGGGACCCAGAGGGAAGCCCUGCCCCCCAGGCACCUUCGCCCCCCAGUGAGCAAAGCACCCCCCCAAGUGGCGACCCACUGAACAACUCUGGGGGCUUUGAGGCUGCCCGCGACGUUGAGGCUCUGAUGGAACGCAUGAGGCAGCUGCAGGAGAGCCUGCUGCGGGACGAGGGAGCAUCCCAGGAGGAGAUGGAGAGCCGCUUUGAGCUGGAGAAGUCGGAGAGCCUGCUGGUGACCCCCUCAGCUGACAUCCUGGAGCCCACUCCACACCCAGACAUGCUGUGCUUUGUGGAAGACCCCACUUUUGGAUAUGAGGACUUCACCCGGCGAGGGACUCAGGCGCCCCCAACCUUCCGUGCCCAGGAUUAUACCUGGGAAGACCAUGGCUACUCACUGAUCCAGCGGCUCUACCCUGAGGGCGGGCAGCUGCUAGACGAGAAGUUCCAGGCAGCCUAUAGCCUCACCUACAACACCAUCGCCAUGCACAGCGGUGUGGACACCUCCGUGCUCCGCAGGGCCAUCUGGAACUACAUCCACUGCGUCUUUGGCAUCAGAUACGACGACUAUGAUUAUGGGGAGGUGAACCAGCUCCUGGAGCGGAAUCUCAAGGUCUAUAUCAAGACAGUGGCCUGCUACCCAGAGAAGACCACCCGAAGAAUGUACAACCUUUUCUGGAAGCACUUCCGCCACUCAGAGAAGGUCCACGUGAACCUGCUGCUCCUGGAGGCCCGCAUGCAGGCCGCCCUGCUCUACGCCCUCCGUGCCAUCACCCGCUACAUGACCUGACUCCCUCCCAUGCAGGACCUGGGCCUGGAGCAGCUGACCCUGCGGGCAUCCUCUUCCCUGCAAGGACUUCUCUAUCUGGAGACAGACCCAGACCCCUUUGUGUCCCACGCCCUCCCAGCCCACUCUGGGGUGGGCUUGUAUGUGAAAUGCAGCCCCCAAGCCGCACCCUCCCCUUCUCACUGGGAUGGACAGGAUCAUUGCACUGAGUGGGAUCUCAGCACUGCCCCUGGGAGCUGGCAAAGGACUAGAAGAUCCUGAAGGUCCACAUCCUUCCUCCUUCCCCUGCUGCUAGAGGCAGAGGUCAUAGGAAGGAAAAUGGACCGAGCUCGGACUUAUGUGCCACAAGUGCUGUGGCCUUCCUGGACUGGAAAGUCCCUGGCUGGCCCCCGAGGGAGAGGGGUGAACAGCUCCAGGGACUGACACUCCGGGCAGCUUUGCCUUCCCUCCCUUCUCAUUCCCAGAUUUCAUUACCUCCCACUUGCCAUUCACCCAUCAAUGUGAAAGUCAAGGUCACAGCUGGUCUGUGUGUCCAGUUCCCCAAAAGUCUGUUCUGCUGAGCAGCUUGUGCCCUGGUUGCCCAGAUCCUAGUUCAGUUCUUUUGACUUCCUUCACCCUCAUCCUUUUCUCUACGCCUGGUGAUAUGAGGCCUCAGGAGAAAGGCCAAGCACAUCUAAAAAGCAGAUUAUCUCUAGAGAGUUUGAACCUCCGUUGGUCACUUUGCCUUCUGAAGACGAGGGAAUGUUAGAUUAUAAUUUCUCUUUAUUUUGGUCCUUAAAUGGUCGAGGUUCAAACCUCUGCAGGGCCUCAGCCCUGGAGCCACAGUCAGUGUAUGAGAGGAAGAGAGGGAGAAUCCUGUUCUCCCCAGACUGCACCCACCAUGCAGAGGCCGGCACCCCACUCUUCUGUCUCCGGUGGCUCUGCCGCAGAUGUCUGCCAAAAAGUUGAGCCUUUUUCUAGGUGGCUUAGGUGGCACCAUGGCCCAGCAGGGCUCUUGUUUGGGGCCCUGCCUCUGGCCAGGUGACCAUGGCUACAUUGCCAAACCUCUUUGACCGCCACAGUUGCAGACUGUAGGGUGUGUCUGAGUUUCCACGAUGUCUCAUGCUGCCCCCUGGAUUCUCAGGCCCACCUGCCGACAGCAAACUGAUUUUCUUGCAGAAUCUUAAAGGCCUCUGGGACCUCCCUGCUCCUCUGACUCCUGCAGUCAGUCUCUCCUGGGUGCCUUCCAAGGGCCCCCACCCCCAUCCCAGUGUCCCUUCUGUUCCCUCUCCUGGAUUUUAAGUGGAUUGCUUGGAGGCAGAAGCAGCCAAGGACCGAUCCAGGCACUUUCUGUAGCAAAUAACUGUGAAUUAUGACUUCUCUUGCCUGUAUUCCAGCAGUCUGUGCCUCCUCUCUGACCAGUCUGGAGGUGACUGAGGAAAGGCAAGGGCCGCGAUGCUGCUGUCCCUCCUCUCUGGGCAGGCGGGAGAGGAGCCUGGCCAGCGUGCCACAUCUCACACCCGUGCAGGCACGGAGAAGCGACUGGCACCCCCUUCAGGCCUGAAAGCCCUCCCUGCAAAGAUGUGCUGGAGAGAAGGGGCCCCAGCAUGGGGGUUUGGAUUCUAGAGGGGACUUGAGGCCUCUGUCAAUGUCCCCUGGGCAGGUGGGGAGGGGUAUUCAGUGUUCAAGUGCAGAAUUCUUUGGCUUUACUACCAGUUCCAUAUGAUGAGAAAUAAACGUUCGCCGAGGUUUUGUUU